AAGCAAAGGAUAGGGCAAGGGUUUGCCACAAUUUGUGGGCGGUGGUUGCGUUUCUUGGCUUAUUUCGGCAGCAACGAUGCAGAUCUUUGUGAAAACCCUCACCGGCAAGACGAUCACCCUCGAGGUGGAGAGCUCGGACACCAUCGACAAUGUUAAGACGAAGAUUCAGGACAAAGAAGGGAUUCCUCCGGACCAGCAGCGUCUCAUCUUCGCUGGUAAGCAGCUAGAGGACGGCAGGACCUUGGCGGACUACAACAUCCAGAAGGAGUCGACUCUCCAUCUCGUCCUGAGGCUGCGCGGCGGGAUGCAAAUCUUCGUGAAGACCCUCACCGGCAAGACCAUCACUCUGGAGGUGGAGAGCUCGGACACUAUUGACAACGUCAAGACGAAGAUCCAGGACAAGGAAGGAAUUCCUCCGGACCAGCAGCGUCUCAUCUUCGCUGGUAAGCAGCUAGAGGACGGCAGGACCUUAGCGGACUACAACAUCCAGAAGGAGUCGACCCUCCAUCUCGUCCUGAGGCUGCGCGGCGGGAUGCAAAUCUUCGUGAAGACCCUCACCGGCAAGACCAUCACUCUGGAGGUGGAGAGCUCGGACACUAUUGACAACGUCAAGACGAAGAUCCAGGACAAGGAAGGAAUUCCUCCGGACCAGCAGCGACUUAUUUUCGCUGGGAAGCAACUCGAGGAUGGACGCACCUUGGCGGACUAUAACAUCCAGAAGGAGUCGACCCUCCACCUUGUGCUUCGUCUUCGUGGAGGGAUGCAGAUCUUUGUCAAGACACUCACAGGGAAGACGAUCACUCUGGAGGUGGAGAGCUCAGACACCAUCGACAACGUGAAGACUAAGAUCCAGGACAAGGAGGGGAUUCCACCGGACCAGCAGCGACUUAUCUUCGCCGGGAAGCAGCUCGAGGAUGGCAGGACAUUAGCCGACUACAACAUCCAGAAGGAAUCGACGCUUCAUCUUGUUUUGCGGCUCCGUGGAGGCAUGCAGAUCUUCGUCAAGACCUUGACAGGCAAGACGAUCACUCUGGAGGUGGAGAGCUCGGACACGAUCGACAAUGUCAAGACCAAGAUCCAGGACAAGGAAGGCAUUCCUCCGGACCAGCAGCGUCUCAUCUUUGCCGGGAAGCAGCUCGAGGAUGGGCGUACUCUGGCAGAUUAUAACAUCCAGAAAGAGUCGACCCUCCAUCUCGUCCUUCGUCUCCGUGGUGGCCAAGCCUAAACACUCUCUCCCAUGUCAUUUCAAAUAACCUCUCUUCCAUUCUAAUAAAAACCUCACCGCUUUCUCUCA